UAUGGAUAGUUUACGUUCCUAGAUUUUACAUUCAGAGUCAAGUUUUGCUUUCUCGGCGAGCUGGUUGUAUCGAUAACCGCGAUAAGUGUGGGAAUAUUGAUUACCCGGCGUUAAUAUAUUAUGGUCAACUUAACUCAUAAUGAGAUAAUACUGUGAUUGAAUUAAUAGUCUGUGGUUCUACAGACGCGGAAACCGUAACUGUACAUGGACGGCUCCAGUGACAAUAAAAUGCCUUUUGUUAAUAUCAAGAAGCAAUAUUUAGCAAUCGGGAUGUUAAUUUUUGUAGCUUUAUUUUUCUUCAAUAGCCGUCCGGCUUUUCAGUGUCAAAUAACACCUGAAGUGAAUACGUAUUUACCGACGAUUUACGGCAUCACCCCAACUUAUGCUCGACUGGCACAAAAGGCUGAUCUCACAAGAUUAUCACAGACAUUAAUGUUAGUGAGGAACUUCCAUUGGAUCAUUAUUGAGGACUCUGAGACAAAAACAAAACUUGUCGAAAAUCUUCUGAAGGAAUCCACACUCAAAUAUACACAUCUCAAUGUGAAAACUCAAAAGUCUAAGCAUUCCACUGCCAGCGGUGUGGAGCAGCGGAAUGUGGCUCUAAAUUGGAUAAGAGACCAUUUGCGUAAAUCCGAAGAUAAGAAAGGUGUUGUGUAUUUUAUGGACGAUGACAAUACAUAUGCGCUUAAAGUUUUUGAAGAGAUGCGAAAAAUAAAGAAAGUUGGCGUUUGGCCGGUGGGUAUAGUCGGAGGGAUGAGGGUGGAAAUGCCUCUAGUCACCAACGGGAAGGUCUCAGGUUACAACGCGGUGUGGAAACCCUUUAGACCGUUUCCCAUUGAUAUGGCCGGGUUCGCUAUUAAUGCGACGCUGUUCUUGGACCACCCAGAAGCGAAGUUUUCUAGAAAGGUCCAGUCUGGUUUUCAGGAAAGCGAGAUUUUAAAAUACGUAACAACAAAGGACGAACUGGAGCCGCUCGCAGACAACUGCACCAAAGUGUACGUUUGGCACACACGCACACAGAAGCCAUCCAUCUUGAAUCCCAAGAAACUCAAGAACCCGCCAUUACCCGACGACCAUAUUGAGGUUUGAACAUCUCUCGAAUCUUAUUGGUCAAUAAUCACCGUUUGGCGGUAUUCCAUUCUAUCAAUGUUUGAGACAUCGAGGUUUUAAACGCGUAUAUGCGUUUUGAAACUGUUUGAUUCACUAAUAUCUACUCGGAUAUGUCAAAAAAUACGCAAUAGUAUUACAAUAAUGGGCCCUCUUCACAAUGGGCAGCGUUGGCCCAACAAAUGUUUGUAGAUGUUGGCCGCCAUAACGGCGAUUAAGAAUAAACAUCUACAAUUAUUACGACCGAUCAUAGACAUUUAGGCCCUCUACCGAGUACCGUGAUUGUCUCAACUCGACCAACGCUGCCCAUUGUGAAGAAAGCCCAUACCGCGUAAAUAUGCGUUUUGAUACCUAAUUCGUUUGAUUCGCGAAUAAAUACUCGGAUAUGUCAAAAAACUGUCUAAUUACGCAAUAGUAUUACAAUUAGAAGACUAUUUAAAUAACUACGUUUAUUUUAUUCGUAAAUGAACAACGCAUGUUUUAGUCAUUAUUAUAGUUUUUUUAUUGUAUCCAUUUUACAUUUUUAUACUUUUUAAUUGUAGAAUACGAAAUUAGAAUGAGAAAAUGAAAGAAAUUUGUAUUUGAAAAUACACAUUCCAAAGUAAUAUUUUAUCGUCACGUAAUUGGUUACGAUAAAUUUUAACUUGACUUAACAAAUUAAAUGUAAAUGUAUCGACAUUUUACAUCUGUUCCAGUGAAUAUUUAGAAUAUUUAAUAAUAAAUAUAUAGAACAAUACUCUAUAAGGAUACUCAUAAUUCGAACAAACAAUAAAAUUAUAAAAUAGGUAAUGUACUCUUGCUACUUAAAUACGUAGAAUAGAUUUAUAAAUGUAAAUUAAAUAUUGAUGCA